AAUUCAUCAUCUUUAAUAUAAUAUACGGAUAAUAAUCGUUCUUAUUUCUCGCAACUUUUUAUUACCUCCAUACAUAUUUUCUACAGUCGCAAUAAUAAAUUAUGCCAGUUUCCUCUAAACUAGCUUCGUUAAUUACAUAAAUAAAUAUUACAAUGACAAUAUUGAUAUAAACAGGAUCAUAAUGAUAAAUCAAACGAUCAAUAACGAGUCUUCAACUUUAAACUUUGCGAGAGCAUUAUAAUUCAGAACUAAUUAGUGGAAAAUCGAUUUCUUUCUAAACGAAAUUCUAUGUCCUAUUUUUAGAAGCUUUAAUUGAUCCAUCUUACUUUUGCAAUUCAUCAUCCCUUUAAAUUCACAUAUAAAACUUCCCCCUCGCGAAUUCAAAAUCUGGUUGGAAUCUGCCGAAGUCAUAUUCGUCCGAUACUACCACUCCAUGAUCAAUCUUACAUGUUUACGCUGUCGCUGUUUGCUUUGUUUUGAAGAAAAUUCCCCGUCCUUGCUAGCUUCAACCCGGAAUAGUAGUAUUUGCGCUCAAAGAAAGGCAGACCUAGUGCAGAUAUCGUGGAGAAUAUGGCAGCUGUACCGGAGACAGAUCACUACCAAAUUCGGACAAUCGAUCUGCAUGUACCUGACCCCACCACAAUUACCAAUGUUCUGACACACGCAUUGAGCAUGAAUUUCAGUGAAGUGGCGGUCGAGUGCAUAGACUGUCCUGAUCUGCGACAGUAUCGCCUCGUCGCACCAGGUCUAUGCGGCAACCCUGCGAUCCUCGAAAUCGGCAGCUUGUCGUACUUAUUCCCACAGGCACGGUUGGACAAAAAAUACUACUUUAAAAACAUUUUACGUCAACUGAAUCUCACGAGCCAAGAUAAUUUCAUUAUCGGCGCGGGCAAUCAUUCAUAUCCACCCAAUUAUGAUCACAGCGAACUCUACGCGAAUUUCAUGCUCUCGCGAGCGAGCCCUACUGAUGGAUCAAUGGGAGUCCAGAAUGCCAGUAACGCUUUAUGGUUUGGAGGAAAGGAAUUUGAGGAAUUGAAGUGGCGAUAUGUAUGUGAGACCAAUCCAAUGUGCGCAAUACAAGGCAAUUUUUUCGUAAGUCAAGGAGAACCUGGUAAUAUCUUCAGGAUAAACGCAGUUAAUCGCACCGGACCGUUGGAUUUUGUAUCGUCGAUACAGAUGUCCCUCAAACGCAUGCGACAGAAGACGGAUCCUCAUCUAAUCGGUCUUGGUGGAAUAUUCACGACUUCAGACGAUAACGCAAUAUUGCACCAUGGUAUCCCCGGAAAACGUAACGCGACAGAGUUUUAUACGAUGAAUCAGGUUCAACAAUGGCUAAAGUACAAAACCAUAACUGAACCCAUUAUUGCCGUCGGUACUAUAAUGAGUGAGGGCGGUUAUUACAAUAACAUUUGCCCGUAUUAUACAGAGAAUCUAUACACUACAAAGUCGCAUUUCCAUUCGAAGACGUCUACCGUCACUUGCGGCCAUUACUAUACUGAUAACAGCAGGAUUACACAUUAUACAGGGUACUUCUCGUUUGCGAAGAAACUCUAUUGCGUGGAUCCUCCAGAACAGAAAGAUAUACAGACUUACAUACAGGAAUUUCAGACCCCUUGUAUCCAUUGAUACUAUAAUGAAAUAUUAGUGAUAUUAAUAUUUAAUUUCGUUACACUUUGUAUAUACAUAUAGUAUAGUGGAAGAAAAAAGAGAGGAGGGAGAGGCAUAUUUUUCAUUAUAAUUUUAUUACAUAUUCUCAAAAAGUUUUUUCAUGUGAUUCAAAUAAAGAUACUUAUCUAAAGCAA